AUGAAGCGGAAGCGAAAGAACAAGAAGGGAAAGCCUAAAGGGUCUGUGGCUGGUGGAAAUGAGGCACUUUCAAGUGGGGUUAUUGUAAAUUUGGAGGAUGAUGCAAAUUUGGAUGAAGACGGUAAUUACGAGAAUAGAUCUGAGUCUGCAAUGGAGGUUGAUACCCCUUCUUCAACUGGGACAGAUCAACAUUGCAAUCUUGCCAAUAUUAAUCCUGAUGGUUCGAUUGAUAGGGGGGUCGGGAAAUCCAUGGGUAGAGUUAAAGUGAAGCUUAGGACUUCGAGAACAAUGGAAUCUCAGCCUACUUCUUCUGAUGCAUAUACACAAAGUGAUACGGAUAAGAGUAGCCAACAAAUUGGUUUGGAAAAACAAGGUGUGGUUUCUGAGAAAAUGGAGGAUAGUGCCAAUUCAUUGGCUGAAGUAAAAAUUGGUGCUUCUGGGAAUGUGUCAAAGAAAGUUGGGAGUAUAAAGAUUAAAUCAUCGAAGGCAUUGGGGUCUAGUGUUAAUCAUGGUAUUGAUCCUGUACCUGCACGGAGUGAGAGUCCGUACGACAGAGAACCAAAGAUGUCUGAUCAAGAUUCUCAAUAUAAUAAGGAAGAAUUAGACACCACACUGAUGAUAAUAAAGAAGGUAAUGAAAAUGGAUGCUGCUGAACCCUUCAAUGUCCCUGUGAAUCCUGAAGCUUUGGGAAUACCGGAUUAUUUUGAUGUGAUAGAUACACCAAUGGAUUUUGGAACAAUAUGCAGCAAUCUUGAACAGGGUGUUAAGUAUUUAAGUUCUGAGGAUGUAUUCAAAGAUGUUCAGUACAUUUGGGACAACUGUUAUAAGUACAACAAUAAGGGUGACUACAUCUUGGAUCUUAUGAGGCGUGUGAAGAAAAAUUUUACAAAAUAUUGGACAGCAGCUGGGUUGUAUAGUGGACAACCAAGAGGAACUAGUGCCUUCUUUGGGAAUUUACCCAUUACCUGCACAUGUAUUAUUACAAGAUUUCCUAGAGUCAAUGACCGAUCAGUAAUUGAAAGAACUACAAGAUGCACUUACGGCAAUGGUUGUGUUACCUUAUUGGAAGAAGGAGACGGAAAUAGUGAGCAUCCCUUGAUGGGACACUAA